ACCCACACUCGUUCUUCCAUCCCCGCCCCUGCCUCUCGUUCUUCUGUGGCUCCCAAGGCCACGUCCACUCGUUCAUCUAUCCCCACCCCUUCCUCUCGUUCCCCUGUGGCUCCUCGGACCACGUCCUCUCCUUCUGUGGCUCAGGCCACGUCCAUUCCCUCUCCCCGUCCCCUUUCCGCGGGUGUGUCGUUCCUGAAAAAGUUCGACGAAAAGCACCCAUCCACUCGUUCCCCCGUGGAUCUUCGGACCACGUCCAUUCCUUCUCCUGUGGCUCCUCGGACCACGUCCACUCCUUCUGGUGCUAGUCGUCCGUCUCGCCUUCAGGCGUUGCGGGAGGCGUAUCACCGAUCCCGCGAGGCCAGGGCUCGAUCCGAUGCAGCCCUUGCGUCCACCGAGGAUGGAGCAGCUUCGGCUGCGAAGUCCGCGGCUCGCAAGGGUAAGUCGGUGAAGAGUGUCCAGUUUAGCGAGGUCACCACAGUCAUUACCGUUAGUCGGUGGAUUAUCAAAGCGCGCGAUAUCCACCGUUGCUGUUGGUAA